GUCUGAAAGUCUCUGUUUUUGUUAUUUCUUUGGUAAAACGUUGACUUUCCCUCUCCCCACCUUCUUUAUGUAAACUUUAGCUGUAAUUUUUUUUAGCCUCAAAUCAUCAAUUCCAGUUUCUUGAGCUUUGCUCUAUGUCUACUGAACUGAGAUCUCAAGUGUUCUUGAGUUUCAAUGCGAAAGACACCGGCAAUAAUUUUGCAGAUCAUCUUUAUGAAGCUCUGGUGGGAGCAGGUUUUGUAACAUUAAGAAGCUGUGGUGAUGAAAAUGAGGGAGGUAAAGAAAUCAAGUUAAAAUUGCAAAAGGGUAUUAAAGAAUCUGGGGUUUCAGUUAUUGUCUUCUCAAAUGAUUAUGUGUGUUCAAGUUGGUGUCUUGAUGAGUUGGUAAUGAUCUUGGAUUGUAAAAGGAUGGCAAGACGUGCAGUUCUGCCCAUAUUUUACCACGUGGAUCCUUCUGAUGUUAGGAAACAGAAGGGGAGAAUUGGAGAAGCAUUUGAUAGGCAUGAAAAUCAGGGAGGGAAUCAAAGUGAAAAUGAGGGGAAUUCCAGGGUUAGAAAAUGGAAGGAAGCACUCAAAGAAGUUGCAGACUUGGGUGGAAUGGUCUUACAAAACCAAGCUGAUGGACACGUGUCCAAAUUCAUCCAGAAGAUUCUUAAAGUGGUUGAGAAUAAACUGAGCAGGCCAGUCCUGUAUAUUUGCCCUCAUCUGAUUGGAAUAGAACGGCGUGUUGAAAAGAUUGACUCAUGGCUCGAGGAUGGAUCUACUGAUGUUGACACUCUUGUUAUUUGUGGCAUCGGUGGAAUAGGUAAGACAACAAUGGCAAAGUAUGUGUAUAAUUUGAACUUCAGUAAGUUUGAUGGUAGCAGCUUUUUGUCCAACAUUAGAGAAAAUUCAACACACCGUAAAGGUUUAGUUACUCUUCAAAGGCAAUUUCUUUCUGAUAUUUGCAAAAGAAAGAAGAAAGCUAUGUUUUCGGUGGAUGAGGGAAUGACUGAGAUGAGAGAUGCUGUGAGGUGUAAAAGAAUCCUUCUUGUUCUUGAUGAUGUAGAUAACCGUGAUCAAUUGGAUGCUCUACUGGGAAUGAAGGACUUGUUAUAUCCUGGUAGUAAAGUCAUUGUGACAACUAGGAACAAGAGAUUGCUUAGGCCUUUUGAUGUGCAUAAGAUUUAUGAGUUUGAAGCUUUGAACAGAGAUGAAUCGGUUGAGCUCUUAAGUUGGCAUGCAUUUGGUCAAGUUUGUCCUAUUAAAGGUUUUGAAAUGUGUUCAGAACAAGUAGCAAUCCAUUGUGGAGGACUUCCAUUAGCACUUGAAGUUCUUGGUGCUACUUUGGCAGGAAGAAACAUAGACAUUUGGAAAAGUACAAUACAGAAAUUGGAGACAAUUCCGAACCAUCAAAUUCUCAGGAAAUUAACAAUAAGUUACGAAUCUCUGGAGGAUGAUCAUGAUAAAAAUUUAUUUCUCCACCUAGCUUGCUUUUUCAUUGGGAAGGACAGAGAUCUAGCAGUAGCUAUUCUCAAUAGGUGCAACUUUUACACUGUAAUUGGAAUUGAGAAUCUCAUUGACAGAAAUUUUAUAAAAGUUGGUAAGUCUAACAUGUUGAUUAUGCAUCAAAUGAUUCGAGAUAUGGGAAGGGACAUUGUUCGCCAAGAAUCACCAGUGGAGCCUGGGAAACGCUCUAGACUAUGGCGUUCAAAGGAUUCCUUUAAUGUGUUAAUCCAGAACCGUGCCACUCAAACAAUUCAAGGCAUUAUCCUUGACAUGGAUAUGCUCAAGGAAAGUGACAUAGUUAGCUCAAGCUUUUCCGCCAAUGAUUUCAAGAAACACAAAACAAAAAACUUUCUCAACUAUUCUAAUCCUCAGAGAGUUCAAUUCAAACAGAAAAGGUUUGAUUUUUUUCCAUGGCAUUUGUCAGACACCAAAGAAGCCACAAAUGAGCUGGUUCUGGAAACUGAUGUAUUUGCAAAUAUGCAAAAGUUAAGACUGCUUCAAUUCGAUCACGUUGAGCUUCAAGGAUCUUUUGAUGUUUUUCCUAAGAGAUUAAGAUGGUUGCGCUGGUCUGAGCUGCAACUUGAAUGCAUGCCAAUUGAUUUUCCUCUGGAGACCCUUGUAGUGAUUGAAUUACACCGUAGCAGCUUGAGGAAGAUUUGGCAUGGAGUCAAGUUCCUUAAAUAUCUGAAGAUUUUCGAUCUCAGCCAUUCCCACGAGCUUCUAAGAACACCUGAUUUUUCAGGACUCCCCAAUCUUGAAAAGUUGAUCCUUCGAUAUUGUACAAGCUUGAUUGAGCUUCAUGAGACCAUCUGAUGUCUAGAAUCACUCAUUCUUU